AUGGGGAAACACAACAGCAAGCUGGCCCCAGAGGUCCUGGACGAUCUGACCAAGAACACUGAAUUCAACGAGGCGGAGCUCAAGCAGUGGUACAAAGGCUUCCUCAAAGACUGUCCCUCAGGCAUCCUCAACCUGGAUGAGUUUCAGCAGCUCUAUGUUAAGUUUUUCCCCUAUGGUGACGCCUCCAAGUUCGCCCAGCACGCGUUUCGGACGUUUGACAAGAAUGGCGACGGGACCAUCGACUUCAGGGAGUUUAUCUGCGCCCUGUCCAUCACCUCCAGGGGCAGCUUCGAGCAGAAACUCAACUGGGCCUUCAACAUGUACGAUCUGGACGGGGAUGGCAAGAUCACACGCAUGGAGAUGCUGGAGAUCAUCGAGGCCAUCUACAAGAUGGUCGGCACCGUGAUCAUGAUGCGUAUGAACGAGGACGGGCUGACCCCUCAGCAGCGCGUGGACAAGAUCUUCUCCAAGAUGGACAAGGACCACAACGACGAGAUCACCCUGGAAGAGUUUAAAGAGGCCGCCAAGUCCGACCCCUCCAUCGUCCUACUGCUGCAGUGUGACAUGCAGAAGUAG